AUGAGCAGACUUGGAAAUUAAAGUGUGGAGAAAGAAGUUGAGGACUAAUUUCCUAAUCUUGAUGAGCCUUUGAUAUAAAAGAUAUCACAUAAUGUUUAAGAUAUUAAUGAGAAGAUUAUCUCAAAUGAAAAAUGGAUUUUAUAUAUUAAGAAAUAAAAGUAUAUGCAAGCUGAAGUGCAAUUUUUAAAGAAUUUUUGCGAGGCUUUCUAAAUUGAUUUAUAAACCAAAUAUGUGAAUUGUGAUAGCUUUUCUAACAUUUAAAUUCCUUGCUUGAAAAUAAAAAAUUACUUGAUAGAAAAGAAUAAUUUCAAUGACUUAAUAUACUAGGGGUUUUGUCAAGCAAAAAACAUUCAAGAUAUCAAUACUAGAAAAUAUUAUGAAUAUAUCGUUUGUCUGAUCGAAAAAAUAAAUAUGGCUGCUGAAUAUGAGAUGUGGUAUGAUGAAUCAACAGAUUACUCCUACAGAAGCAAAUAUAUUUAAAUCACUCAGCCUCUUGAGACUCUUUAGAAUAUAUUUAAUUACAAGCUUGAAAAGGAUGCAUACAAAUAUUUUGAUAUUAAAAAUUAGGCUGAUAUGAUUGAUAGAGUUAAGCCUCUGCUUGCUGAUUUGGAAUAAAGUAUUCAUAAUGUGAAAUAUUUUAAAUAUUAAGUUGACAAUAGUGUUGGAUUUUGCGAUAUAAUUGUUUUUUCUUAUCUCUAAGCUUUCUUUAACAAUAUACCCCAGUCUAAGCUAGUAAAAGAACUAGAUUAACUGACAAAUGUAUAGAAAUUCUAUUUAGCAUUCACAAAUAUUAAAAAAUCUUUUCCUAUUGAGGAUUUAAAGGCAAGCAGCUAAUAAAAUUGCAAUUAAUUAGAGUAAAAAAGGGAAAACAAGUAGCAAAAAGAAGGGGUAGCUGAAAAAUCCUAAGCUGUAGGAGGUAUUGCACCCAAGUCGUAUAAAUAAAAGGUGGUUUCAUACUGCGUUGUAGGAGCAUUCACCUUAAUAUAUUUAAUAGGAAAAUAAUGA